ACCCCGUUUAUGCAACAAGUUUUAAUAAUCGCCAGAAAAACGGCAAAAACAAUAAACAAAGAAGCUUGAUUGAUUUGAAAAUAAAUUGCUAAUUAUCUUUUUUUCGCUCAAUCAUAUCAUCCACUUCUGAUAAGCCAUACUGCUGAUAAGGUUCGCAUACCUUAGCAUUCCUUAAUCCGCAACUUCCUAGCGAAAUCCUUGUGCUAAAAACCAACCACAGUUGCGCAACUUUUGUUCCUGGAGAAAUAUAUGGUUCACUCCAAGACAAGAGAUUUUCUGCUUGUUCUCUUGGUCUUGGUCUAGUUUGUGGGUAGAAAGGGAACGGAAACGGCUUCCGCAACCAGCCAGUUUCGUAAUAAAAGAACAAACGAAAUUUAAAAUCUAAAUUUCACGAUCAAUUCGUAGAAAUUUGUGCAAGGAAACUCCAAACUCGAAGAAUCAAGGUGUGUUAUCUCACAUCAUUGCAUUUGCGGAUUUGGUUUUUGGUUACGGAUAAGAUAGACUGAUUUACUAUAAAAUAAACCGCCAUCAAAUCGGAAAAUUAAGCCAGACAUUAAGAGCAAAAUGCCUUUAGCAAACCAAUUAGGAGUCCCUUGGGGGGAUACUAAACGACCCCCAGAUGAUGAAAUGGGAAUGGAAAUGGAAAUAUUGGUAGACGAACAAGUAGACCCCUCGCCUCACUCGAGCCAGAGUCAGAGAAAUAACGCGAACAACAACGGGUCAAAAGGGGUCAGCCCUACAGAAACACCGACGGACGACUUGAAUGGUGAAGGACCAAUGAGUGGAGUGGAGGCAGAAAUCGAGGUCAAUGACGUCACUUGUGAAGGCCAUGAAAAAGCGGAUCCUUCACAGUUUGAACUUUUAAAAGUUCUUGGGCAAGGUUCCUUUGGGAAGGUGUUUCUUGUGAGGAAAGUCGUCGGCAGUGAUGCUGGGACAAUGUAUGCUAUGAAAGUGUUGAGGAAGGCGACAUUAAAAGUUCGUGAUCGAGUUAGGACCAAGAUGGAACGAAAUAUUCUGACCGAAGUACAACAUCCCUUUAUAGUUAAGUUACACUAUGCAUUUCAAAGCGAAGCGAAGCUCUAUCUCAUUCUCGACUUUCUUCGGGGAGGUGACCUGUUUAAUCGACUCGCGAAAGAGAUAAUGUUCACGGAGGAGGAUGUCAAAUUCUAUUUGGCAGAAUUGGCUCUUGCCCUUGAUCACCUACACUCUAUUGGGAUCAUUUACCGAGACCUCAAGCCGGAAAAUAUCCUCUUAGAUUCAGAAGGACAUAUUUCGUUGACCGAUUUUGGACUUAGCAAACAACCAUUGGAGGACGAGAACGCGUAUUCAUUCUGUGGUACGGUGGAGUACAUGGCGCCCUGCGUGGUGAACAGGAAGGGACAUACUUAUUCUGCAGACUGGUGGAGUUUUGGAGUCCUGAUGUACGAAAUGCUGACUGGUUGUCUCCCAUUCCAAGGAACAGACCGCAAAGAAACAAUGGUACAAAUUCUUAAGGCAAAGUUGGGAAUGCCACAAUUCUUGUCCCCUGAAGCACAAUCCUUACUUCGUGCCCUCUUCAAAAGGAAUCCGACCAACAGACUUGGAGCCGGAGGCGUACAAGAAAUUAAGUCGCACUGCUUCUUUGAGGGAAUUGACUGGGAAAAGUUAUACUUGAAAGAAGUAGUCCCACCAUUCAAGCCUGGAAUUUCUAGAGCAGAUGAUGCUUUCUAUUUCGACACUGAAUUUACGUCUAGGACACCUAAAGAUUCACCAGGAGUGCCCGCCAGUGCAAACGCCCACGAAUUAUUCAGAGGUUUCAGUUUCAUCGCUUCGUGCCUGCUAGACGACAAUAUGAAUUCUUCGCCUGUUCACAAUUCUAUUUCAAACUCGGUCAUCGUGGGUGGUGGUGCAAGUAUUGUUUCAGACAACAAACCCAAACCGGAUAUAUUCAGAUCCGCUAUACGAACGAGCAAUAUACUAGACGAAUAUGAAAUGAAAGACGAAAUUGCCAAAGGUGCUUAUGCAACGUGCCGUCGUUGUGUUCACAAAAUCUCCAGGGUUGAGCAAGCAGUAAAGAUUAUUACAAAGGGGACGCACGAGUGGCAUGAUGAAGUCGAUAUCCUCCUUCGUCACAGUCAGCAUCUGCAUAUUGUCACUUUAUACAAUGUAUAUGAAGAUUCAAAUAACGUAUAUCUAAUCACUGAAUUAUUGCGAGGGGGUGAACUGCUCGACAAAAUACUAACACAGAAAAGACUAUCAGAACGCGAGGCUGCAGAUAUAAUGGCUGUGUUGGUGGAUACUGUGGCAUAUCUUCAUAGACAUGGCGUUGUUCACAGGGACCUGCAACCAGCAAAUAUAGUGUAUGCAGAUGUUGCCCAAACUCCGGAAGGAAUACGUGUCUGUGAUUUUGGUUUUGCGAAGCAGUUGCGAGCAGAAAAUGGUCUUUUGAUGACUCCGUGUUACACUGCGAAUUUUGUGGCUCCUGAAGUACUCCGGAAACAAGGAUAUGAUGCUGCGUGUGAUAUUUGGUCCCUCGGUGUCAUCCUUUACACCAUGUUGUCAGGGAAGACGCCGUUUGCAACAGGUGCAAAUGAUCCCCCAGCCAUGAUACUUUCCCGGAUCGGGACUGGAGAAAUAGAUGUCACCUCGGGAAACUGGACAAACGUUUCGGAGUCUGCGAAAAGUAUUGUCCGCAAAAUGUUAGAUGUUGAUCCAGCCAAACGUCCAUUUGCAAAAGAUAUUGCUCACUGCCUCUGGCUAAAGAAUAGAAAUUUGUUGCCGUCACAAGCUCUGGCCAUUGAAUAUCCUUCAUCCCUUAAGAGUGCCAUUCAAGCCACGUACUCGGCUCUGUCACAAAGUCCAAAGGCCCCACCGUUGGGCCCUAUCGUUCAAUCCGAGUUGGCUCGUAGACGUCAGCGCUCAAGACCUCAUUCCUCCUCAGAGAUGUAACACUUGUCAAUUCAGUGGUCAAAACCAGCCAACGCAACGCUAUAUUUUCACGAGUGCAGCAACAAACGCUACCACCACCACCACGUACAUCGAAUACUUCAUUCGUUUUCACUAACUCACUCCUACAAUGGAUUGGAACUAGGAAAUUUAGAAAUACACAGAUAUAAAUUUGAGUGGGGAGAAGGAUUUAACCAAUGUAUGAUUGGUGGUCCACCAUGUAAACCUGUCUGCGUCAUUUCUGUUCUUCUCCUCAUGUCCAUGGAGAAUAAUAAUAUAUUACAAUUAAUAGUUCUAUCCCACGCUAUGUCUGUAACGUUUCCAAAUUCUCUGGCCACUUUUAAACUCAAUUUCUCAUCUUUCACACUCUGUCUGUUUCACCACUGUCCGAUAAAUUUAAGACGAAAGUGAAGACUUUUUUGUAAUAGAAGUAUUGUAUUAAUAGUCCUGUUCCUGUUUGCCAUUGUUUUAUAAGUUUUCCCUUUACGGACAAUCUACUUUUGGACAACCAUUUUUUUAAUUCCUAGUAGUAUUUACUUAUUAUAGACUUGUGCAUUGUACCUUGAACAACCAUUUUUGUAAUAAUAAUUCAACCUUCAUCAUUACUACAUUGUACCAUUUUAUCCUUGCAAAACAAUUAUUUCCAAAAGUAAAUAUUUGUGUACAGAUAUUUUUAAUAAUAACAUUCUCAACUUUUUAGUCUGACAGAAGUUAGUUUCAGUCUCUCUGGAAAGGGAUGAAAACGCCAUGCGAUGUGAUGAUGCGAAAAAAGUUAUGUACUUAUUUUUAGAUUCAAUCAUUUAUUUUAGCGAAACUUUAGUUAAGGACAUGUUAAAAUGACAAAUGAAGAAAGAAGAAGAGGAGAAACAACCAGUGAUAUUUUUGUGGCACAAUAACGUACUUAUUCAUAGAUCAUACAACUUCUUUUAAUAAUUGUUCUAAUACUAUGCGAAUAUAACACCUGCUGUUUUUCUCUCUCUCUCACAAUGUCAAUGUGAUGGCCUAAGUCAACAAUAAGCUUAUUAUUGUGUAUCUUUUACCUUGUAAAAUGUUUUGCCAAUUUAUCUGAGCUGAUUUAAUAUGUAUUUUAUCUGACGGUAACUCUACUGUGAUUAAUGAUUUCACAUACGUACAUACGUAUUUAUGAUGUAUUUAUUUUAAAUUUAAGAAUUUACUUAUGAGUACCACGGUCUAAAUAUGAUCCUUCCAAAAAAAUAGGUUUUACUAAAACUAAUAUUUAUUAUUAAAUUGUCUGCUGAUUAUUAAUAAUAUUUAACAGUUAUUCCGAUUGCAUUUGUGUAUCACUUACACUAAACUUUUUAAAUGAAUAAAUAAAGAAAUGGCAAGUUUAAAUAUUGUCAAAUAUAAAUUUA